AGCUUUCGUUUGAGCACCUCCGCGUGUCGAUCGGGUCAAGCACUCCCGAGAUACAGCACAGCCCUCACCCACACCCCUUAUGUGGGGCAUCUUUGCCCUUUUCGGGGUCCUGCUGCUAAGCAUGGGACGUAAGAGAGUAGACCCAGAGCAGGCCCAGAAGGCUGUAGAUGCGGUACGCAGCGGUGAGAUGUCGCUCCGCGUUGCUGCGAGGACCUACGGGUUACCGCUAGCCUCGCUGCACGACCGUGUGAAGAACAAGGUGGCCAUAGAUGCGAGGGUUGGUCCCGGGACUGUCCUGAGCAAGGAGGAGGAAGAUUUCGUAGAAGACGUCUUGAUCUACGCCUCCCGACACUUCUUGCUGUUGGGUCGGAGGGAGCUGAGAGACGCUGUGCGCAACAUCUGCACCGACGGGCGCAAGGUGCCCUGGGACCCAGACAAGGGCCCUGGGGACAGCUGGCUUGAGGGGUUUAUGGCGAGACACCCGGGUUUGUCGGAGCGAGCCACCCACAUCUACGAAGCAAACCGGAUUAACGAAGACGGCGAGCCUCGCCUUCAAGCUUUCUACAAAGCAUGGGCGGAGUACCUGGAGGAGACCAAGCUCCCGCCGGAACGCAUCCUCAACACGGAUGAGACAAGUUCGACCCCUCAAGGUACAAAGUCGGGGAAGGCAAUCGUCGCAAGAGGCACCAAGGUACCCGGCGCGAGGCGUUCCAAUUCGCGAGAAAAUACGACGGUGGUCGCCACCAUCGGUGCCGACGGCCACACGUUCCACCCUACCAUCAUCUUCAAAGGCCAGCGUAUGCAACCCGCUUGGAUCCAGGACAACAACGGCGUCCCCGAUGCGAAGUACACCGUCACGGAGUCAUCCUUCAUCCAGAGCCACGUCUUCCUGGACUACCUUCGAGACCUCCGCAAGCAGCUCGAUGCGCGCGGCUUGCUGGGCAAAGCUGCCCUUGUGCUCGACGGCCACGCCUCACACACGACCUUCGACGCCAUCAGCUUGGGCAUCUCCCUGGACAUGGACCUAUUCCAGCUUCCAUCCCACACAUCGCACAUCACCCAGCCCUUGGACGUCGGUACGUUCGGAACCUUCAAGAUGGAGAUCACCAAGGUGCUCACGGCCUACCCGCUAAAGAACGGGGGGAGGAGUCCGGUGAAGCGCGACAUGGCUGGCGUGAUUGCGGAGGCAUGGGCAGGGAGCUUCACGCCUGAGAACAACAAGGCGGCGUUCAAAGGGUCGGGCUUGUGGCCGGUGAGCAUGGAGAAAGCUAUCAACAGACUACACAGCAAGAGGAAGCAACGGGACCAUGACCGCCCUAUUCGUGAAGACCUCGCCGUGGUUGCCUCUAAGGAUCAACUCGAGCGAGACCUCGGCCGCGCUGCCCUCCUGGAGCUGAAAAGACACGGGCUGAUGAUCGAGGGGCUCCGUGUCAACACCGUGUUCCUUGGCGGGCUCACCCGCCUCACCAAGCGCACCAAGGCUUUCGCGACCGUUCGGGCGGGGGGGGGGAAGCCCGAAGGUGGUCUGCUGUCCGCCGAAGAACAUCUUGCUCAGGCCAAGAAGGACCAAGAAGCGAAGCAGGCAGCUGAGGAAGCAAAGGCGGCACGCGCGGAGGCAAGGGCAACGAAGGAGGCCAACCAACAAUCUGGAGCAGUUGGUGGGCGGGGCGGCGGGCAGGGCGGCGGGCGGGGCGGCGGGCGGGGCGGCGGGCGGGGCGGCGGGCGAGAGGGGGGGAGAGGUGGAGGGCGCGAGGGUGGGAGAGGUGGAGGGCGGAGCGGGGGGCGUGGCGAAGGACGGGGCGGGGAACAGGACGGAGGGCGGGGAGAGAGGAGCGUGAGGGUUGAGCUAAGCGGGACGCGGACGGCGAUCAGGGGGCGCGGUGGCGGUGGGCGAGAGGGGCGUGGCAGAGGACAGGGUGGCCAGGACCGCACCACUGGUGCUCGUGGAGAGCAAAUGGGGGCGGGAGGGCGGGGGGGGGACGAGGGGAGAGGUGCUCCCGUCCAAGGAGGAGCGGGACGGCCGAGAGGGGCGGCGGUUCCCUUGGUUCACCCGCCGCCGUCGGCGGCUCCCAUUUCUUCCCGAGGACGGCAGCGGAUCCCGACACCAAUCGUUGAUGUUUAGACCAGGGCAGAUGCUUUGCGGUUGUUGUUGUUUUUCUGGGCUACUAUUGUCUAGGCGGUGGAUGAAUUAGACUAUACGAGUAAAGCAGAAGAUUAGGUGGUUUGUGGGGGCAUGUGGAGAUGGUUAGGGUGCACCCCAGCAGCGCGGGGGGGGCGGGGGGGUUGAUACCGGGAAACCCGGGGAUAUGGUAAUUUUGUCCCCGGGCAUGCAUGAUUUUUUUUUUUUUUUUCAACAGCGUUUCUUGUGAUAAAACAAACCUACACACCAAAGGGCGUCUUGUGGGAAUGUAAGAUGACUGUGAAAAAAGGGAAAUGGCCUUGGGGUUCUUGCGGAGAAUUAUAGCGGUAGCGGCCGGGUCAAGGGGUGCCUGUUUGAACGGGCAUUACAUCACAUGCGCGAAGUUUUUCGUCCUAAUUUUUUUUUCUUGAGUCUGUAUAUGAUCAGAUUAGACCCACUGUGCAAUAAUCUCUUAGUUUUGGCUCUUUUCAUGUGUGCAGCACCGCCGUACGGUCAAAAAUGGGGUAAAAUCCGUCCCCGAUUUCAGGCGGAAAACCCGGGGAUGUGAGGAUUUUGUCCCCGGGCGUGGAUCGAUUCCAUUUUUUUUUUUCCUAAACGGAUAUAUGUUGCGACAGACGUAUCUCCACAAAAAAUCAGAUCAUGAAACGCUUCAGAACGCACGAAAGCAGCUACAAAGCUAAAGUGUUCGUUAAUUGGGGGGGGGGGUUUUUCCUGCAUUUUCAGCUAAACAAUGGAAUGCACUGCAUCAGCUCUAUCUCGUUGACACGAACGAUUUUUUUUUUUUUUUUUGGGAGGUAGCCUAUAAUACAAGCUAUCGUCCGGUACCCACAAAUACAUCAUACUCCUCUUCAUGCCCGAGAACGAGCUGUUGGCGCGAGGGGUGGCUUAAGCGUUCGUUAAUUGGCCGGUUUACUCUAUAUAUCUCCACGCGUCGUCAUCGUCGCCGUGCGUACGUUUUGAUUGUCGCCACCGCCCACCCCGGCACCAGCCCAGUCUCCUUCUCCAAGCGCCGUCUCUCGACUUCUACUUAUAUCGUGCAUACAGUUGUCUGCCAAUCUAUGCGCUCCUCCCGUUAUUACCCCUCCCCUGUACGGUUGUCUCCGCCUCCUCACGGAGCCCCUCCCCUACCCCCCUACCCCCUCUUCCGCUUCUGGCCCGCCUUGGCGUGGACAACCACCCUUUCGUGGCUCACCCCUCCCGGAUGUUGGUACAUACACUCGACCCUCGUCCUUGCGGCGUGCGUGCACACCUGGCUCUCCUUGAAGGCGUGGCACUCCGCGUCCUUCCUCUCCGUCGCGGGGGCUAUCAUCGUCAUACGGGUGAUCCCGGCGCCGCCACCCUCACCCCCCCGCGCCGCCGCCGGUCGCCGAUGCCCCCGCCCCUUCCCCCCAGCGCCAUUGCCGGUGUUACUGGUGGGAUAUCCCUCUUGGUUCCACCCCGCCGCCUUGCGUCCGGCUGGUGUAAUUGGGGCUGUGGUGCUCAAUCCGCCCGUUAAUGUCCGCAGCUCCUUCUUGAGCCUCUUCUGGCUGCCUUGUCUGCGCCAUCCCGCUACAAGAAAACUAGCGAUGUCGACGCCCCUUCUGCAGCCUAUCCUCCCACUUCCUUCCUAUUCGACUGUCUGUCGCCACCCGCUCUCCUUCUUUGCUGCUUCCGCCCUUUGCUUGCUCUCUAAUGGGUCAGGUAUGGGUGGGACCCUGGGACAAACGACAAACGUGUGGUGUGCCACAGCGGCGCAACAGCCAUGUCGCCAUGUGUCAUGUGUCAUGUGUCGCGUGUCGCAUGUUUUUUUGCGCCGCGUCGCUGUUCUCCAGACCGUUCCUGAGACGCGAAACGUGAAAUCUCCAGAAUCCAGCAAUCCUAGCCCAACCCACGGCCUCCCGUUCACCCCCGUUAGGCCGUACGGCUACGUGGUUCAAGACUGCGACGAAAUCACACCGUUUCAACUUGCUUCACACCUUGAGCUGACCGGAUUUUCGUCCCUUGCUGGUGUUUCCACAGGUGCUGGAGAAGACAACACGAUACCAAGGCAAUCACUUCCAGCUCCGAUUGCUGCCCAGACGACAGCAAGCACUCGUUCGAUAACAAAGCAGGUAUCGCACCCCCGGCCGCU